CAUAAAUUAGAUCAAGGAAAAGUUUUUAUUAUAUUUAUUUUUAUAUAAAGACAUUCUUUCAAAUAUAAGAUUCAAACUGAAGUCAUUUUAAUUAAGCAAAUGUAGCCAUAGCCUAUAGCUAUUAUAAUUAGGAGUAACUAAACGUCAUAGUUUUAAGAAACAACGGGGCUUCUUUAUUUGACUAAGCAAGCUGAUAAUACUUACUAUACUGCUAUUGUGGAAAAAGAAAAUAUUAAUGCUGCGCCUUUUUAGGUUCUAGAUAACAACAAGUCUCCUCUAUAGCUUAUCAUAGAACAGCAAGAAAAAACUAGAAAAAAAGCAGAGAUGAUUGCUGAUAAAAUAAUAGAAGAAAUUAUUCUGCAAAAGCAAAAACAAUAAAUGUAAUAAAAGCUUAUUAAAGAAUAGAGUGAAGAAAUAUAAAAAUUAACUGAUGAUUUAACCUAAAACUUGGAAUCUAGAAGCAUGAUUGGCUUCCCUAGAAUGCCAAGCACUUCUAGUUUAGAUUUUAAUUUGAAAAGAUCAAAUUCUCAUAAUUAAAUAUAUAACACGAAUCAAUAUGUCCAAAAAAAGAAUGAGCUUAUACUACAAAUUGAUAAGUAGAUAGAAAAAAAUAUAAAAGAAGAAUAAAAUAACAUGCAUUCAUAUGAUAACAUAUCAUAAAGUAGUCGCCUUUCACCUAGAGGAGGGUCUCCCAAAUUAAAUGAAAUCCGCUAAUUAAAUAAGAGUAGAAAUCAAUUUUCACCUGAUAAGAGAAUAUCUCUAAAUAAAGUUAUGAACACUCAAGGCGAAAGAGUAGAAACAGAUGUAAGUAAUACAAGCAAUAAUGCAAGAGUUUUCCCCUUCUUGAAUCUGUAAUAGACAAAUGGAAACUAGUUUGACUUGAAAGAAUAUAUGAAAUAAGCAAUACUGUAAGGAAAAAUGUCCAACAAGUCUGCUAGUUAAUACCCAAACCAUGAUAAUGCUGAAAAUACACCAGCUUUUAACUUAAAUAAGCAGGCUAGAACACAUUCUUAAUUUGUAUCUACACUUAGUCAUAUUGAAGACUAAGGAGGAGAUUCUAACAAACAUGUGCAAAAUAAGCAAAGAGAAGAUAUAUCAAAUUUAACUAAUUCUUAAAGAUAAUCAAUAAAUUAAGGGGAAUAAUAAGUUUACUAUAAUAAUUUAGAUAGUUUUAGUGUAAACAAUCCAUAAUCAGAUAAUAUUUCUGUCGUUUCUAAUACAAUACCUGUAAAUUAAAAACUGAAUAGUAUUUAAUCUUAAGGAAAAUCUUAAACUAGACUUAGUUUGGCUAAAAGAAAUGUUGAAAGAGAUAAAUUAAAGAUGGCUCAUGCUGACGUUGAAAAUAAAACAUCAUAAUUUAAGAAAAUUAGUGAUUAAUAAACUGCAGUUAAUAAUAAAUCUAACACUUUAGAAAUAAAUAUAUAAGAUUUAGCUUCAAAAAAAGAAGAAAGAGUCAAAUAGUCUAGCAAAAAAAGUGAAUAAGAUUUAGGCCAAAAUAGUGCAUCACAGAUUAAUGAUUUUAUAACCAAAAUAAACUUAAUGCUUUAAAAAUCUGCUAAUAUUAAUGCAUAGAUAGAAUAAAGUAUGAUAGACUCUGAAAAAAAUUUAAAGCAGCUUGAGAGUUUAAAUAGCUUUACUACAAGCAAACAGUGA